UUUUGGUUAAUUAGGGUAAAUUUCAACUGUUAUUCACGGUCGUUGUUUCAGCGUGAUACAUAUGUUUAUGAACAGUCCUUUUGCAAAAUGCUGGAUAAAGAUUUUAAAAUGAGAAAUCAAGGUACGUACAGUAACAUUGUUGAUGAACGGAUGACAUGUGUUUCUUUUCGUUUCCUCUUUGCUUUGCCUCGUUUCGUGUUUGUUUCGGUUCUUUUAUUUUCAUAAGAAUAUCAAGCGAUUAUUUUUUUUGGAAUUGUUUCUUUUGUUUAGAAUUUUUUCCUUUGUAAAUAAUAUAAAAUGCCAACCAAAUAUCAAGUUGAAAUUGGCCGCGUGGCAUUGAUCAAUUUUGGUCCAGAUGCCGGUAAAUUGGUCGCAAUCGUUGAUAUUAUCGAUCAGAAUCGUGCUCUAAUCGAUGGAACAUCAUCCGGUAUUCCACGACAGGCUAUUCAAUUUAAACGAUUACGUUUGACUAAAUUUCGUUUGCGUAUUCCAUACGGUACCAAUUCACGAAACAUUCAAAAGAUCUGGAAAGAAAAUGAAAUUGACAAAAAAUUCGGUGAAACGAAAUUGGCAUUGCGUUUAAAACAACAACAAUUGAAAUCGAACAUGACUGAUUUCGAUCGAUUCAAGUUGUACAAAACUAAACAACGUUACAACCGAAUCGUCAACAAAAAAUUAGCAUUGUUGAAAUUCAAAUCGAAAAAGACGGAAAAAGCUGGUGGUGGAUUAAGUUUCGUAUUUUCAUUCGGUCUUCAUCUAUCCGUUGCUCAUUUACAAGAUAAUCCAUCAUCACCAAUGUGGCAUACACUUGGUCUUUAUUUAAUGAUAUUAAGUUUAUUUCAUUAUGGUGAAUUUCAAGCAACAGCAAUGAUAAACAUCAAUGACAUAACUGUACAGACAUUUUUACUUAAUCAUAGUGUGGAAUAUCAUCUUGCUUUAUACAUUUCAUUGGCUGAAUUCUGUAUUGAAUCAAUGUUUUUCACUGAUUGGAAAUUUAUCUUUCAUCCAUACAUCACAUAUACUGGUUUGUUUAUCUGUAUAGCUGGUGAUGGUCUACGAAAAUUAGCCAUGUUUACGGCUGGCCAUAAUUUCACUCAUGUAAUACAAGUCGAUUAUUUUUCUGAUCAUCAAUUGAUUACAACAGGAAUCUAUUCAAUAUUUCGUCAUCCAUCAUAUGUCGGUUGGUUUUAUUGGUCGCUUGGAACACAGAUAUUAUUACAAAAUCCCAUCAGCUUCAUUGGAUAUGCAAUCGUAUCGUGGCGUUUUUUCAAACAACGAAUUCAAUUCGAAGAAAUUACGUUAAUCAAUUUUUUUGGGCCAAAAUAUCUUAUUUAUAAGAAAGAAGUGCCCACUGGUCUGCCAUGGAUCGAUGGUUAUUGAUCAACUCUCUCUCUUUCAUUCUCACUUGUCAAGUAACAUUUAUGAAAUGAUGACCAUGAAGAGCUUUGUUUGUUUGUUUGUUUGUUAUUAUUUGCUU